AUUGGACCUUUUUAAGUUACAUUUAGGUGUAUUGGCGAUGCACUAAACAUCCAACUGUGAGCUGAGCAGAAGAAAGGAGCGGGACUCUGAGGAGUGGUUUGGCCAGUCAGGCGGUGGAGGGGUUAAAGAGUCCGAGACCAAAGGACGAAGAGAGAGAGACACAGACGGGAGAGAGAGAGAGAGAGAGAAAGCUGUUGAUUUACUGACCAGUCCACCUGCAUUCAUAUGAAAAGUGAAUUACUUGAAGACUGGUUUCCAAGAAGAAGAACAAGACGACAACCGCUCUUGGAAAUCUUGAUACAGCUCUGUGUUGGACCUGAUAUAUCAAUUUCUUUUUUUUUCCAACAUGACGUCAGCCACGCUUGGGGACCCACAUCUGUAAUUGCUGGAGCACACACAGCAGCCGCUGCUGCAUUUGGAGUUGAAAUUAGCCUUUAUAUCCAGACUCCAUACAAAGUGUAAUUGUCUUCAUACAUCUGUAAAUCACUUUACAUUUAUUUCACAUCCAGAAAAUACACAAACACAAGCUUUCUCUGUUUUCACUCACACACGUACGACCAAGAUGUGGACCUGCAUAAAAGACUUCUUCAACUAUGAAACCACUAAAUCAGUGGUAGUGAAGAGCUGGACCAUCGGCAUCAUCAACCGGGUCGUUCAACUCCUCAUCAUCACUUACUUCAUUGGGUGGGUAUUUGUCAAUGAAAAGGCCUACCAGGUGAGAGACACAGCUAUUGAAUCCUCAGUGAUGACGAAGGUCAAAGGUUUUGGAGUCUACAAUGACAAGGUCAUGGAUGUUGCAGACUACGUCACUCCUACACAGGGAGCUUCAGUCUUCUGCAUCAUCACCAAAAUGAUAACUACAGAGAACCAAGUCCAAGGACUCUGUCCCGAGAGUGAGAAGAAGUAUGUAUGUAAGCAGGACAGUCAGUGUUCAAAGCACACCAACAAACCAGGAAGUUAUGGUAUCCUGACAGGAAAAUGUGUUCCGUUCAACGCCACCAUCAAUAUGUGUGAGAUGAAAGGAUGGUGUCCUGCUGAGAUCGACACCAUCAAGACUACGCCAAUGAUGGAGGUGGAGAAUUUCACCAUUUUCAUAAAGAAUAGCAUUCGCUUUCCGACCUUCAACUACACUAAAGGGAACUUCCUGACUACCAUCACUAACGAUUACAUAAAAAUAUGUAACUUUGACAUGAUCAACAACACCUACUGCCCCAUCUUCAAAGUAGGAGACGUGGUCCGCUACGCACAGCAGAACUUCACCAAGCUGGCAGACAAGGGUGGAGUGAUUGGAAUAAAGAUCGGCUGGAUAUGUGAUCUGGACAAGUCAGAUGACCAAUGCAACCCCUCGUACUCAUUCACACGACUGGAUGCCAUGUCACAGAAGAAUGCUGUCUCACCAGGCUACAAUUUCAGGUUUGCCAAAUAUUAUAAGAUGGAGAAUGGGACGGACUACCGCACUCUGGUCAAAGCCUAUGCUAUCAGGUUUGAUGUUCUGGUCAAUGGAAAUGCAGGGAAGUUCAACAUGAUCCCCACACUCAUCAACCUGGUGGCAGCCUUCACGUCGGUGGGAGUGGGAACCGUGUUGUGUGACAUCAUUCUGCUGAACUUCCUGAAAGGAGCGGAGCAGUACAAGGCCAAGAAAUUUGAAGAGGUGUCGGACAGCCCGCAGGAGUCCCGGAGCAAUGGGCUCUACCGCUCGCAGCUGUCCCUCAGACAGAGUGAGACCAUCAUGAGGUCCAGUGACUCGGGGGCCUUUUCUAUUGAACAGUACUGCUAGACGGACGGAGCAGUGGAAUGGGGAAGAUUUGGGUUGGGUUUCUCUCAAAAUGGAAAUGUUUUUAGGUUUCAUCAAUUUUUCUAGAUAAAAAAAAUGGAAUUUUCAACGACAAAGGACCUUUAAUUGUUGCUUCUCUUUAAAAGUUAUUCUCAAAUGUUUGAAAUGAUAAAUACGAGGGAAAAAAAACGUGUCUUGCAUGGUGACACUUUGGGCAUGUGGCGUUGGAUCAGGACUUUCUGAGUUUAUGUUUGUUUAUGUUUAAAAGAGCGUGACAUCGUAACAUUCGGAGCAUCGAUGUAGCAUCAAACCACUAUCACCUGAGUCGUGUCUACCUGAGCAGAGAAUGAGGUCUGCCCCUCAGAGCGUCAUGGCACCACGUGCUCGUGUACUUCGUACUUUUAGCGCUGUUAGCAUCGCUGGCUACGGGCCAUCGGCUCCAGCGCUGCCGUUCCGGCGGAUGAGAGAGGCAAUCCAAAUGCUCCUGAUGUUAUAUCUUUAUUUCUGUUUGUUUUGCAACGUGCAUUGAAACUAUACUGUAAAGCACCACAGCUUCAUUAUGAAGCGUGAGAAUAAAACAGGAAUAAAGCAGACAGCAGGCAUGACUUCA